AUGAAAGCCGAGAAAAUCUCGAAGUCACCGAACGGUGAUGGUUUGCCGGGCCAGAAGGAGGAUCUAUUAGAACGACGGCGCCUUCAAAAUCGGCUGUCACAGAGGAAUCAUCGUCGCAAAAUCAGAGAUCGAAUUGCGAAGCUGCAGGAACGUGUUAUUGCAAAUGAACUUAGGGCUUCCGCUGCUCUCAACGGCUGGGACCAACAUUACAUGCCAUCGCCUCUACUUUCCAAUCGCCAUGUUUCUCACUCUCACUUCAACAUGAGCCCUAGGGACCACUUGGCCACCGACCCAUCUGCACAAUAUUCUCAUUCAUACAUACCAACGGUUCCAUGGUCUCGAGAUAUGGCUCUCAAUUCACCACUGGGGCUCAUGGGAGACCGGGCAUGCUUCCUAGAUGGGAGCUUCCCCACUUGGCCAAAGUGCUCAUCACCUUCAGCUUCGGACUGGACUGAAAUAUCCGGUAUAAAUACACUAGGAGGCCUAAGCGAGGAUACGUUUCAGGGUUUAUUUACCACAGGAGAAUCUCUUCCAAUAAAGAGCCCCAACAACCUGGACCAGCCUCUGUACUACGUCGCUACAGGUGAGCAUAUCCAAAAUCGCCACAACAAAAACUAUGCAAUGGACGUGAAUCAAUACGAGCUGAAAUACAGAAACAGCUCUACCUCAAAUUCUCCAAGUGCUAAGCGCUAUAUCACCCCAAUCCAAGAUCAUAGUUCUUGUCCCUCCAGACUCCGCCUCGGCAGCCGCAGCCGGAUAUCCUUCACCAGCACCAAUACUAGGAAACGGACUGGAGCCAUUGUCACCACCGCAGAUAAAUGCAACCUCAACCGCGGGAUACCAGUAUCAAACGCAGAUCGCCCAUGGGAUAUGUUCGGCUCCUGGAUCCUAUGUGCCGGGGUUUCCAUCGCACAAGAUGCAGAGUCCCCCUAG